CACGAGAUCACCGAUUAGCCUUCUUUUCUAACAAAACUCUUCGGAUCCACAACUUUCACUCAUAAGAGACAAAAUGGCCGUCACCUGCUUCACCCAGGAGUUUACGACUAGGAAUGCUCCGUCGAGGAUGUUCAAGGCACUGAUCCUAGACUCUCACAACCUCAUCCCCAAAAUCGCCCCUCAGGGUAUCAAGAGCAUCGAGUUUGUUGAGGGAGACGGCGGCGCUGGAAGCAUCAAGCAGACCAACUUUGCCGAUGGUGGCCAUUUAAAGUGGUUGAAGCACAGGAUCGAUGCCAUUGACGCUGAAAGGCUCGUGUGCAAGUACACUUUAAUUGAGAGCGACAUCGUAUUUGACAAGAUCGAGUCGGUGGUGUAUGAGGUGAAGUUCGAAGCUUCAGGUGAUGGUGGGUGUGUGUGCAAGAUGACGAGCGAGUACCAUGUAAAGGCAGGUGCAGAGCUGAAGGAGGAGGACAUCAAGCAGGGCAAGGACAAGGCGAUGGGGCUCUACAAAGUAGUUGAGGAAUACCUUCUUGCCAACCCCAAAAUCUAUGCCUAAUGAGCAUUGCUUUAUAGUCUCCUCCGCUUGAGUUCAUAUUGUGGAAUUUAUGGUUUUUCUCU